ACAGCGCACGACUCAGCCUGUCCUGCGGCAGAGAGCGAAUCAGGAUAUUCCCCGAAUCGGGUGUUUGACUGGAGGGCAAUAAGGGGAACACAUACCAUCCAUAAUGCGCCGAAAGCCAGUUCCCAACCCGCUGUCCCUAGUUGGCGAUUCGGAUUCCUUGGGCGAACAAUCCGCUGCCAAUCCUAACGCCCUUACCUCUCCCGAUUCCAGCGUCUUGGGAGUAGACAGACCAAGCCCGCGCCCUACCCCUACUCCUACACAUGGUAGCGAACCUAUUCUUCGAAUCACCUCGCCGACGUCUUCAAGGUCUCCCAAGUCACCGCGUUCCCCCUUUGGCAAACUCAGCGCGAGCACGAGCACGACCGGGAAUCCCCAGGCGCAACAAUACCAGGCCUACCCUGCCGAUGCACACCACCCGCUGCAGUCUCCCGACGACGUGCAUGUUGCCCAACAUCGUCGACACCAAUCCCCCCAUCGUUACGACCCGGGAUAUCCGCCUCUGACUCCCCUACCGUCGUCCAAGACCGCGCCCAUCGCCACAGAAACAUCCUCUCAUCCCGAGAGCGAAAAACAUUCACGAAGUGGUAGUCGCUUCUUUGGCUUCGGUAAGACGUCUAGGUCUAACAACCAGCUACAUCACGCCCAUACCGGCAGUACGAACGCUAGCGACGCUAUGUCUCGUGGCACAGACAAUACCGUUAUGUCAGAUAGGGGAUCCAGUAAAGCUUCUAAGAAUUCAGACCUAUGUGCCGACCCCUCAAACCAAAAGUCAACGACCUCUUUACCGUCUAGGUCCGAAGUUUCAUUGGCGUCGACAAGCGAGCAGGAAACAAGUUCAACGAAAAAGAACAAACCGAAACCUUUCACAAUAUUAGGACGUAACAGGUCCUUGAAGGAUAGAGAUGGCCAUAGCCCAAAGGAGUCAAUUACAAUAAAGCUGAGCGAACCUGAACGAGAUAAUUCGCUGGCAAAUAUGCAACCUUUGAGGACGGCACCUAUGAACACCGAUGGCUACGAUAGGUCUUUCAGGAAUAUGAUGAAUUCGGCUGUUCGGAACCAUUCCGCUGACCGAGCACCACUUCCUCGAGAAAUGCCGGGAAACAAAGAGCACCGGCAUGAUAAAGACCAUUAUAGGGGCCACCCUCCCCCGAAGGACAACAAUAGUUCUACAUUUUUUAAUGGUCUGAAAAGCUCUGGUAGCCGUGCGGCCGACAUGAUUAGCAAAGGAUUAUUCGGAAGGGGUGCUCGUAGUGCUAGCACAUCUGAUAAGGACAUGGGAGUUGACGACGAGCACUAUGUCUUGAAAGUCAUUAAUCUACCAUUAGUCGAACAGACUCGAUUGACGAGGUUAUCUAAACGACUAGAAGAUUCGCGAGAUAAAACAGAAUUUUGGAUGCCCGCUUUCCCGUGGCGAGUAAUUGAUUAUCUCAAUCUCAAGGGGACGGACGUUGAAGGUCUCUACCGUGUGCCUGGGAGUGGUCCUCAAAUCAAGAAAUGGCAGAGGAAAUUUGAUGAAGAAUAUGAUGUCGAUCUAUUCGCCCAGGAUGAUCUUUACGACAUUAAUAUCAUUGGUUCAAUGUUUAAGGCAUGGCUCCGCGAACUUCCCGACGAGCUUUUCCCGAAGGAAGCUCAGGAACGAAUCUCCCGAGAGUGUGCCGGCUCAGAAGAAGUACCACAACUGUUGAUCGAAGAACUCUCCAACCUGUCGCCGUUCAACUACUAUCUCCUUUUUGCUAUUACAUGCCACCUCAGCUUGCUUCUCGCACAUUCCGACAAGAACAAGAUGGAUUUCCGCAAUCUUUGCAUAUGUUUCCAACCAUGCAUGAAAAUCGAUGCGUUCUGUUUUAAAUUUCUUGUGUGUGACUGGAGAUCGUGCUGGCAAGGAUGUAGGAAUGAGGCCAAGUACAUCGAAGAGGAAUACCAAUUGUUUCGACAACCCUUACCCCGUGGGUUGAGUCCUGCGGAUUCUCGUAGCCAAAACGGACGCGACACUCCCGACGAUCGGAAUCUGUCUUCGUCGGAUAGCAGUAAAAUAUCAGCGCCGCCUACCGAACCGAAUAGCAAGCUAAGAAAAAAGGCGCUGGGAGUACAUCAGUCAAAUGGGAACAUGACAUCAAACUACCCGACUACGUCUAAUUCGUUAACCGUGAAUGGCGAACAAGAAACGCCUCGGCGAUCUGGAGAGCGAGAACUCAGGCCGCUAUCACCCAUCAAACCCCUUUCCCCAAUGAAUUUCUCUUAGCCGGAGGAUUUACAUGAUGGCCUACACAACUGGAGAAUGAGGCUGGGGUUUUGAUCCUAAUCUGAUGAUACCUUUUUCUUUUUCUUUUUUUGUCUUAAUAAUACCCCCAGGAGAUGAAUGUGGUGCAUAUGAUGGCAUAUGGCCUGGCGGACCUUUUUAACGAUAUUACGCUCCGUUUACGAUUUCCCCCUUUCUUUCUUAUCGUACCUUAGCGCUUGACGUUUCAUCCUCUUACUUCGACGUU